AUGGGAAAAGUUGCUGUGGGAGUGGCGGUGAUAGGCGCGGCGGCAGUUUGCGCAGCCGCGGCGUUGAUAGUGAGGCAUCGGAUGCGAUGCUCCAGCCGGUGGGCCAGGGCUAUGGCCAUCGUCCGGGAGCUGGAGGAGAAGUGUGGCUCGCCCGAGGCCAAGCUUAAGCAAGUUGCCGAUGCCAUGACGGUGGAGAUGCAUGCCGGCCUUGCCUCCGAGGGUGGCAGUAAGCUGAAGAUGCUCAUCAGCCACGUCGACAAUCUCCCUACUGGUGAUGAGGAAGGAGUUUAUUAUGCACUGGAUCUUGGAGGCACAAAUUUUAGAGUUUUGCGGGUUGAAUUAGGCGGGAAAACUGGUGGCAUUGUCAGUCAAGAAUUUGCUGAGGCAUCAAUACCUCCUGAAUUGAUGGUUGGGACUUCAGAGGCUCUUUUUGACUACAUUGCAGCAGAGCUUGCAAAAUUUAUUACUGAAGAAGAAGAAAAGUAUCAUCCCCCUCCUGGUAGACAGAGAGAAUUGGGAUUUACUUUCUCUUUUCCUGUAAUGCAGAAUUCUAUAAAUUCUGGUACCCUUAUGAGGUGGACAAAGGGAUUCUCAAUUGAUGACAUGGUUGGCAAUGAUGUUGUCGCUGAAUUGUCAAAGGCUAUGCACAGACAAGGUGUUGAUGUUCAUGUGUCCGCUCUAGUUAAUGACACAAUUGGAACGCUAGCUGGAGGUAGAUUUUCUAACAAGGAUGUGGCUAUUGCUGUAAUCAUGGGUACUGGGACCAAUGCAGCAUACGUGGAACGUGCUCAGGCAAUCCCAAAGUGGCAUGGUCCCCUGCCUAACUCUGGAGAGAUGGUCAUAAAUAUGGAGUGGGGGAACUUUAAGUCUUCACAUCUUCCCUUAACAGAGUAUGACCAUGCAUUAGAUGCAGAAAGUUUAAAUGCUGGUGAACAGGUGUUUGAAAAGCUAAUUUCUGGCAUGUACUUGGGAGAAAUCUUGCGCAGAGUUUUACUUAGAAUGGCUGAAGAAGCUGCUUUCUUUGGUGAUGAGGUUCCACCUAAACUGAAGACUCCAUUUGUAUUAAGGACACCUGAUAUGUCAGCAAUGCAUCAUGACACAUCUGCUGAUUUGAGGGUGGUGAGCAACAAAUUGAAGGACAUAUUUGAGGUGUCCAAUACCACCCUGAAAACAAGGAGAGCUGUGGUUGAACUCUGCAACAUAAUUGCUACACGUGGUGCCCGACUUGCAGCUGCUGGGAUCUUCGGUGUCCUUAAGAAAAUGGGAAAGGACACUUCAACAGGAGCGGAGAAGACUGUAAUAGCUAUGGAUGGUGGAUUAUACGAGCAUUAUACUGAAUACAGAAAGUGUUUAGAGAACACUCUGAUCGAAUUGCUUGGAGGGGAUGGUUCAAGCAGCAUUGCUUUUGAGCACUCAAACGAUGGUUCGGGCAUUGGUGCUGCCCUUCUUGCUGCCUCACACUCCCAGUAUCGAAACGAGAGCUCAUAAUUAAUGGUAUAGGAAGAUGUUACUUGGAAUUCUGCAUCUUUGCCCAUAAUUUACCGGGAAACAAAUUCUGAGAAUUUGCGCGGUAUAAUGAGGACCUGCAACUUCCUCUUUCUCUCACGCUGCCCAGCCAAAUUGGCCCCCUUGCAAACCUUCUGCAAGCUAGUGCAACGGUAAUAAAGACUCAGAAUCUGUCCUCCUCAAGCCUAUUUUAGUUGCUAUAAUGCUGAGAUUUGUGGUUAUUUGCUAGUCAAUCUUCUUAUUGUUGAUUUUUGGCUAUCGGGAACUACGCUGUAAUUGACAUACGGUUACUUCUCAAACUGCUUUGUUCUGUAACCAAUAAGAUGCUAAAUAAUCAUGGUGGAGUCUCAAAUUUUCAGAUGCAGUGUCAAUGAA